CUACUUUUAUUAGCUCACCUGAGCAUAUGCUCAGGGUGAGCUAUUAGGAUCACUCUUCGUCCGUCGUCCGUCGUACGUCGUCCGUCGUCCGUCGUCCGUCGUCCGUUCACACUUUUCAAACGACAUCUCCUCUGAAACCAUAAGGCAGAUCAUAAUGAAACUUCACAGGGAUGUUCCUUGAGUGAAGCCUUAACAAAGUUGUUCAAAGAAUUCCAUUCCAUGUAGAACUCUGGUUGCCAUGGCAACCAAAAGAAAAAACUUUAAACAUCUUCUUGUAAAAAACCCAAAGAGCUAGAGCUUAGAUCUUUGGCAUGAAACAUCUUCUAGUGAGUGUCUACCAAGAUUGUUCAAAUAAAAGCCCUGGGGUCAAAAUUGGCCCCGCCCCAGGGGGUCAUUGAUUUUCCCUAUAUGCAUAUAGUAAAAACUUUAAAAAAUCUUCCUUUAAAGAACCCAAAGAGCUAGAGCUGAGAUAUUAAGCAUGAAACAUCUUCUAAUGAGUGUCUACCAAGUUUGUUCAAAUGAAAGCCCUGGGGUCAAAAUUUGCCCCGCCCUGAGUGGGUCAUUGAUUUUCCCUAUAUGCAUAUAGUGAAAACUUAAAAAAUCUUCUUUUAAAGAACUUAAAGAGCUAGAGCUUAGAUAUUUGACAUGAAACAUGUUCUAAUGAGGGUCUACCAAGUUUGUUCAAAUAAAAGCCCUGGGGUCAAAAUUGGCCCCGCUCCAGGGGGUCAUUGAUUUUCCCUAUAUUCAUAUAGUAAAAAACUUAAACAAAUUUCUUUUAAAGAACCCAAAGAGCUAGAGCUAAGAUAUUUAGCAUGAAACAUGUUCUUAUGCGUGUCUACCAAGUUUGUUCAAAUAAAAGCCCUGGGGUCAAAAUUGGCCCCUCCCCAGGGGGUCAUUGAUUUUCCUUAUAUGUAUAUAGCAAAAACUUAAAAAUCUUCUUUGAAAAAAACCCAAAUAGCUAGAGUUUAGAUAUUAAGCAUGAAACAUCUUCUAGUAAGUGUCUACAAAGUUUGUUCAGAUAAAAGCCCUGGGAUCAAAAUUGGCCCUGCCCGGGUCAUUGAUUUUCCUUAUAUGUGUAUAGCAAAAACUUAAAUAAUCUUCUUUGAAAAAACCCAAAUAGCUCGAGUUUAGAUAUUAAGCAUGAAACAUCUUCUAGUAAGUGUCUACAAAGUUUAUGUAAAUUAAAGCCCUGGGGUCAAAACUGGCCCCGCCCCAGGGGUGUCAUUGUUUUUAAACUAUAUGUGUAUAGUAAACUUAAAAAAUCUUAUAAAAUCUUCUUUUAAAAAACCCAAUGAGCUAGAGCUUAGAUGUUUAGCAUGAAACAUCUUCUUAUGGGUGUCUACCAAGAUUGAUCAAAUAAAAGCCCUUGGGUUAAAAUUGGCCCUGUCGGGGGGGGGGGGGGGAGAAAUCAUUAUUUUUAGCUCACCUGAACAUAUGCUCAAAAAAUCUUCUUGUUAGAAACCACAAAGUAUAGAGAUUAGAUAUUUGGUGUGUAGCAUCCUCUAGCAGAACCCUACCAAGAUUGUUCAAUGUAUAGCCUUAGGGUCAUUAUUGGCCCCGCCCCAGGGUCACUUGUUUUAUAGAGGAAAAACAUAAAAAAAUCUUCUUGUCGGAAAUCACAAGGUUUAGAGCUUAGAUAUUUAGUGUGUAGCAUCCCGUAGCAGACCUUUACCAAGAUUGUUCAAAUUAUUGCUCUAGGGUCCAUAUUGGCCCACGCCCAAGUGGUCCAUUUAUUUCACAUAGACUUAUAUAGGAAAAUCUUAAAGAAUCUUCUUGUCAGAAAGCACAAUGUCUAGAGCUUAGAUAUUUAGUGUGUAGCAUCCUCUAGCAGAACUUGACCAAGAUUUUUCAAUGUAUAGCCCUAGGGUCAAUAUUGGCCCCGCCCCAGGGGUCAGUUGAUUUAUAUAGAAUUAUAUAGGAAAAACUUAAAAAUCUUUUUGACAGAAACCACAAAGUCUAGAGCUUAAACACUUUGCUCGUAGCAUUUUCUAGUGGACCUCUACUGAGGUUGUUCAAGUUAUGAUCCCAGGGUAAAGAUUGGCCCUGUCCCAGAUGUCAUUUGAUUUUACAUAGACAUACAAAUGUAUAAUUGGCUAUAACUUUGUUAUAAAUAAAUGGAUUGUCUUCAAACUUGGACAAAACAACACUUGUGACAAAACCUCAAAGGUGUCCUAGCUGAAUCCCAUUUCAUGUUUUGCUUGAUUUUACAUAGACUUAUAUUAGAAAAACUUCAAAAAAAAUUCUUGUCGCCUGGUUUUAAGAUACAUGUAUAUGGUUUGUAGCAUCGUUUAGUAGAUCGUUACAAUUAUUGUUCAAAUCAUGACUAGGGUUCAUAUUAGUUUUACUUUGUGGACAACUUAAUGUUACAUAGACAUAUUUAGGAAAAAUAUUUAAAUAUUUUGUCAUUUUGACCACAAGGAAUGUAAUUGAUAUAUUUGAUGGGUGACAUUGUCUAUUGAUUGUCAGCUCACAUGCAGAAAUGCUCAGAAUGUACUUUUGUGAUCAUUUACCACCUGUCAUUCAUUUUCUCCUUUGAAACCACAUGGCUAGAUAUGAUUGAUAUUUGCAGGAAUUUUUCUUGCAUGAAGUCUGAUCAAAGUUGUUCAGAGAAUUCCAUUUCGUUAUUAUGGCAACUGGAAGGAAAAAACUUCUUCUGGUUCUAAUCUAGUGAAUUUCUACUAAGUCUGAUAAAAGUGCCUCUUACAUCUUAUUUGGUCUUGUUAAUUAGGUAUAAUCAUCUGAUGAUUGUUGAAAUUUAUAUUUUUUCUGUUUCAGGGGACCACACAUUUAUCUUUGAUGUCUGCCUGUUUUUUUUUGUCAUUGAGAUUUGAAUGAGAUAAUUGAUUAGCUUGCAAGUGUGUACUCGUAUAGUAAAGUUCUAAACCCAUAAAUUGAUAGCCAUGUUUAUUUUAAAAUCAAAUGUAGUAUGUGUUAUAAUGGUGUGAUGUUGUAACCUAUAUUAAGGGCUAUUGCAGAUGUCAGCCUGUACCGGGUAAGUGCCUGGUGAAGCAAUAUCAGGACAGGUAUUAGAUAAAAUCAUAAUCCCAAUCAAGUUGAGGGAUUAUUGGAAUUAUUGUGCUUUCCAUUUCAGUUUUACUUCUUGGAAAUGAUACUGUUAUUAAUUGAAGCAUUUGAAAUUAUUUAGUAUAAUUGUGUAAAAUCAUAUUUCAGUUUGCCCAAUGGUUCAAAAGUAUGUUUAGAUAGUUUCUUUGAGAUAAAGCAUGGAUGACUUUAGGCAUUUAUGUUUAUUUAUACAAAAUGUUAAACUGUUAAUUACAGUUCUUUUUACUUCACCACGGGUUGAACAGGGUCUCUAUCUUGAUAGUAACCGCCUUGCUGACUUUUACACGAUUGUUGUUUUUCUUUAUUACGUAGUUUCAAAAAUUGAAUUUUGAUAUUUCAUUGUUUUUCAUGAAUAACAAGUCUUAUUUAAUUAUUCAGGUAUACUUUUCCAAACAACAGAUUACUGAAUAAUUUACCUGUUUAGGAAGAUAAUUUAAUAGAGAUUACAACUGAAAACUGUAAAAAUCAACAGUUUCACAUGUGACUUGUUGAUCAUUAUGCUGUGUUGAGAUAGUGACUCAAAGUGAAUUAUUGUGUAGAUAUACUGACUCAAAGUGAUUUAUACUUUGUUGAGAUAGUGACUCAAAAGAAAUUAUUGUGUAUUGAGAAAGGUUAUAAUAAUCAUAUGUGGAGAUAUCUGCUUAUCAUUACCAUAGUUGAUAACAUUCAGGAUUGUGAUAAACUAUUGUGUGCUAGUCUUAAGAUAUUGCUUACUGAUGUGAAAAGGUAUUCACAAGAAGUGAUACACUGAGACAGUAGAAGCUAAUUGUUAUUGCUCAGAAGUUGAGGUAGUGUCUUUUCUAGCAGACUGAAAGAAACCAAUAUAUAAGAUUAGAGAUCAUGCCACGUAAAAAGACAUGGAAAAGAGCAAAGGCACGUAGAGCUGUAUUAGGGUGUGAAAAUCAAGGGCAAGCAGAAAGUAUUGUAACAACAUCUUCACAAUGUUUUGUCAUUGCAUCUUCACAAAGUUCGAUAUUCGCAACAACACAAAGUCAAGUUAUGGUUCCUGCACAAAAUCCAGCCGUGUCUAUAGCACAAAGUCCGAUCAUGGCAUCGGCACAAAGUCCGGUCAUCGCAUCGGCAAAAAGUCCGGUCAUUGUAUCGGCACAAAGUCCGGUCAUCGCAUCGGCAAAAAGUCCAGUCAUCGUAUCGGCACAAGCUCAGAUUUUACCAUCAAUAAUACAUGAAAGUGAAUCUACAACUUUUUCAGUGACAGAUUUAAAACAUAGCAUAUUUGAUAUCAAAUCAGUAAUGUCACAGCAAAAUGAUACUUUCAAUAGUGAACAAUGCCAUACAAUUUUGUUUGAUGGAAAUGAGAAUACAAAGCCUGAAAAUACUGGUACUUUUGAAUUUGAUCAUAGUAUUUCUGAAACAGUUAGAUCUGUGAAUGAUAAUGCUCUCCUAUAUAAGGCAUAUCCUGUGAAAUCUUUUAAAAGAGAUAGUUGGAAUUUAACAGGAAAAUGCGAAGAUACAUUAGUUCCAUUUACUUGCAGAUCUUUCAUACUUGGUUCCUACCAUCAAGGUGAUAGCAGAUAUUCUGUAUUUUCUAGAGGAAGCCAGUGUACUAUAAAUUCUUUGUGUGCUUUAAUUUAUGCAAAAUUUUCAGACUUCUCUACAAAAGUUAUUUUAGAUGAAGUGCUUGAUGUUGGUGAUAAGUUGUAUAAAGAUGUUUUGUACAAUUUGAAACAACUUGGUAAAUUCAAACAUAGGUUACUUUGCUUUGAUGAGAUUCCUGAUCAAGUAUUUGUGUUAUCCAGAUUUGUACAUGUUGAAAAGGUAAAUGUCAUAUCAGGAGUGGCUGUUCAGCAGUUUGGUAAUUCUUCAUUACCAAGUUUAUAUCAGUCGUUAUAUACAGCUUUGGUAAAUGUACAGCAUGUUUUAGUGAUGAUUGGAGCAAUAUGUUCUGCAGUUUUUGUCAAAGAUGAUAUGUUCUGGUUUUUUGAUUCACAUGCUCAUGGAAAAUUUGGGUUGAGUUGCCCUGCUGGUAAAUCUUUGUUGAUUUCAUUUAGCACCCUUGAUGACCUUCUUUCUUUCAUGUAUGCAAUGUAUGAAAGUAUGAGGAUUGAUUUAACCAGUCAGUAUGAAAUUUUGCCAUUGAAAUUCACAGUCCUCGAUAAUAGAGAUACCAACAACUUAAAUUUGAUUACAAAAUACUUUGAGGAUCAACAUAAAAAAAAUCUAUGUAAAAUGGAAGACCAGACAUGUUAUAUCGGGCAUGACAAUAGCUCUUCAAAUCAAGGGAGAUGUACUGGUGUAAAAAAUAGAAAACAAGAAAGACGGGAAUAUUUUAGAAAAUACCGACAGUUCAGACGUAAAGAUACAGAGUUUAAAAGAAAAGAGAAAGAAAUGCAGACUGCUUCAAAAAGAAAAGCGAGGGUUAGUAAAGAUUAUUUAAAGAUUGAAAGAGAAUUUAAGCAAGACAAAAGGGCUAUUGCAGAAUUUAAAAGAAAGGAAAAAGAAAUACAGAAUAAUUCCAAAAGGAAAGCUAGAUCUGAUGCAAUAUAUAAAAAGAAAGAAAGAGAAUUUAAGCAAGACAAAAGGGCUAUUGCAGAAUUUAAAAGAAAGGAAAAAGAAAUACAGAAUAAUUCCAAAAGGAAAGCUAGAUCUGAUGCAAUAUAUAAAAAGAAAGAAAGAGAAUUUAAGCAAGACAAAAGGGCUAUUGCAGAAUUCAAAAGAAAGGAAAAAGAAAUACAGAAUGUUUCCAAAAGGAAAGCUAGAUCUGAUGCAAUAUAUAAAAAGAAAGAAAGAGAAUUUAAGCAAGACAAAAGGGCUAUUGCAGAAUUCAAAAGAAAGGAAAAUGAAAUACAGUAUGCUUUGAAAAGGAAAGCUAGAUCUGAUGCAAUAUAUAAAAAGAAAGAAAGAGAUUUUAAGCAAAAUGAAAGAAAAGAUGUAGAAUUCAGAAUACUGGAAAAAGAGAAACAAAAAAUGUCAAAAAGAAAUGUUCGAAUGAACCCUUAUGUAUCAGAAAUAGAAAGGGUUAGAAAACAGAUUUCACGUUCAAAUGUUAGAAACAAAAACAGAGAAUUAUUGAAUGAUAAGACUAGAAAAGCUGUAAAACGAAAAGAUCCAGAUUUCCAACAAAAUGAAAACUUUGCUGCAAAACGAAAAAAGCAUGGAAAUGAUAUUGAUAAUUGCAUCUCAGUAUUUCAUGAAAGUGUAAAAUUAGGACCACAGUUUAUCUGCACUUGUUGUUUGCAGACUUGGUUUAGACAAAGUGUUUGCAAUGUCAAGUUUAUUAAAGGUGAUAUUGAUUUGCAAUUUUUGACAGGGACAUUAUCUGUUGAUGGACUUGAAUGGAUUUGUUUAACAUGUAAAACAGGUCUUUUGAACAAAAAAGUGCCAAAGCUAUCAGUAAGAAAUGGAAUGAGCUGGCCUAAAAGACCGAAUGAGCUAAAUUUGUAUCCGUUGGAAGAAAGAUUAAUUUCUUUACGCAUACCUUUUAUGCAAAUUAGAGAGUUACCAAGAGGUCGUCAGUAUUCUGUGAAAGGAAAUGUUGUCAAUGUUCCUGUGGAUAUUCAGCCUGUUGUAAAUGAACUCCCUAGACCAUUUGAUGAAAACAUAACAGUAGCUGUUAAGUUGAAAAAAAAGUUGUCAUACAAAUCUUGUGUUUUCUCGGAGAAUGUACGGCCAUUUCAUGUUUUAGUUGCAUUACACUGGCUUAAAAGAAAUAGUGACUUAUAUAAACACUCUGCAGUUACUAUAGAUGAAGAAUGGGCUACUCGUGUAACGAAAGACUGUGAAGAGACAGUUCAAAAUUUUUUAUCUUUUGAUACAACUAGACCUGAAAAUACCACCACGGCAGAGCAAAACUUUACUCCAACCUGUAAUGCUGAAGCAGUCACAGAAUGUUUAGAAACUAACACAUAUGAUUCAGAUGCAGAAGAGAAUGCACAAGAAAAUGUUGGAAACAUUGACACUCUUCUUGAUAAUGCAGAUAUUGAGAAUAGAAACACUACAUUUACAUUUGCUCCAGGAGAAGGUCAGCGACCACUAAGUAUAUAUCAAGAUACAGAUUCAGAAUUUUUAUGUUUCCCAUCAAUUUUUUGUGGACAAAGGAGACUUGACAAUGCAGGCAGAUUAAUUCCUGUAAACUAUAGUGACAUUGCUAAAUGGGAACUAAGAAGUAGUGACAGGCGAGCUGCUAAUAGUGUUCCAAAUAUAUUCUUCAAAAUGAAAAAGAUACAGAUGAAACAACUAAAUGAUAAAGUAAAUCUGGCUGUUAGACGAUGUCAGUUUGAAGGGGGAAAAUUGACAGCAGGUCAAGCUAAGGAUUCCGAUUAUAUGGAACAAAUGGUUAAAAAAAAUGAAGGAUAUUAUUUAUUCAAGCAGCUAAGAAAUUCUCCAGCUUAUUUGGAAACUAGGAAAAAAGAUGUUUUUGCAAUGAUACGACAGCUUGGUUUGCCAACUUGGUUCAUGUCACUUUCAUCUGCAGAUACAAGAUGGAUAGAUUUAUUAAAAGUGUUAUCAAAACUCAAUAAUAUUGAAUAUUCUGAGGAACAAAUUAGUAAUAUGACGUGGGAAAAUAAGAUAAAGCUCAUUCAGAAAGAUCCUGUAACCUGUUCUCGCUAUUUUGACCAAAGAGUUCAACAAUUUAUAAAAAUUAUUUUGAAGAGCUCUCAUAACUUCCUUGGUCAUAUGUCAGACUAUUUUUUUCGAGUUGAAUUUCAACAGAGAGGUUCUCCACAUAUUCAUAUGCUUAUUUGGAUAGAAGAUUCUCCUAAAUAUAACAGUAGUUCCAAUGAAGAUAUAAUUGCAUUUGUUGACAAAUAUUUGAAAUGCUGUUCAGAUGAACCACAUUUACAAGACUUAAUUCAACUACAAAUUCACAAACAUUCGAGAACAUGUCAUAAAAAGGAAGAUAAAAUAUGUCGAUUUGGAUUCCCACUUCCACCAUUAAGAGAGACAAUGGUUCUAGAACCACUUGAAUCAGAUGUUGAUAAGUACAAGAAAAUGUAUGAGAAGAUACAAAAGAAAAUGAAUAAUGAAAAAGAUGGAUUACAUAUGUCAUAUGAACAAUUUCUGGCUGAUUUUGCAGAAAUGAGUGAGGAGGACUAUAUUAAAUGUAUAAGAAGUUCUUUGAAAGCAUCCAAAGUCUUUUUAAAGAGAGAACCUAAAGAUAUUCGUGUAAAUUUAUACAAUAAAGCAAUUUUAAGAGCUUGGGAAGCAAAUAUUGAUAUACAGUUUGUAUUGGAUCCAUAUGCUUGUGCAAUGUAUAUAGUGUCAUACAUUAGUAAAUCACAGAGAGGAAUGAGUACACUAUUGCAUGCUGCUGCGAAAGAGGCUAAAAAUGGCAAUCUAGACAUAAAAAGACAGGUGAGACAUAUUGGAAAUGUUUUUUCAAAUAGUGUUGAAGUAAGUGCACAAGAAGCAGUUUAUUUAGUUCUUCAAAUGCCUUUGACCAGGAGUACAAGAGAUGUUGUAUUUAUCAAUACAUCCCAACCAAAUCAGCGAAUACAACUCCUUAAACAAAAAGAUGCUCUUGAAGAAUUGCCAGAAUCUUCAACAGAUAUUGUAGCUGAUAAUGCCAUUAAACGGUAUUCAAGAAGACCAAAAUGUCUUGAAAAUUGGUGCCUUGCAGAUUACAUGUCACAGUUAGAUGUUGUUUAUCCAGAUGAUUAUGAAAUGCUUACUAAUGACAAAAACAGUAAUGAGGAUGAUGAUAACAUUGUUGCUCAAGAAGUAUUCAAUGAUACUGUCUUAAUAAUGAAAAAUGGCAUCAAAAUUAGAAAGAGGCAAAACCAGAAAGUAAUACGUUAUGUCAGAUUUAAUCCCAAAUCAGAUGAACACAAUCAUUUUCGAGAGAAGCUUCUGCUGUUCCUACCAUGGAGAGAUGAAACGACAGAUUUAAUUGCCAAUUAUGAAACUUACAAGCAGCAUUAUGAAGCAAGAAAACAUGAAAUUGAUAUCAAAUGUAAAGUAUAUGAACACCAUGUUGAGGAAUUACAAGUUGCACAAGAAGCUGCAGAAAAAGACUAUAACACAUUUGAUGAAAUAGCCCCAGGAACUCAACAAGUUGAAGCAGAGACAGCUGCAGAGGAAUCAGUUGAAUCUGAUACAUUUGUUUAUUUUAAUCCAGAUAGAGCUGUCGAGCACAGAAAUUAUGAUAUUGGUAUUGAACUAGGAAGCUGUUGUGCAUCUGUUACAGUUGAUCUAAAUCAAAAUGUACUUUCAGAUGAACAGUACAGACAGCUACUAAGAUGUUUGAAUUCAAAACAACGCCAUUUUUUUAACCAUGUAAUUCACUGGAUAAAAACAAAAGAUAAACCAGUGUAUGCCUUUUUGACUGGAGGGGCAGGUGUUGGUAAAAGUGUUGUAAUCAAAGCUUUGUAUCAGACUUUAUACAGGUAUUUGAAUCUCAGUGAAGGUGAAAAUGCAGAUGAGAAAAGGAUACUGUUGUGUGCAUACACUGGUAAAGCAGCCUAUAAUAUUAAUGGUUCAACUAUUUCAACAGCUUUCCACCAAAAAUUUAAACAGAAGCAACAAACUUUGAAUUGUGACAAUCUCAACACUUUCAGGUCAAAAUACAGAAACCUUUCAGUUGUCAUCAUUGAUGAAAUCUCCAUGGUUAGCAAUUCAUUGCUUAUGUUCAUUGAUCAAAGACUUCAAGAACUGACAGGUACAAGAACACCAUUCGGUGGUAAAAGCAUCAUAGCUGUAGGCGACUUGUACCAACUGAAGCCUGUAGCAGGAUCCUGGAUAUUUCAAGAUCUAACCAGCGAUGCCGCUGCACUAGCUUGUAAUUUGUGGCAAGAUUAUUUCACUAUGUUUGAGUUGACUGAGAUUAUGCGACAAAAGGAUGAUAGUGAAUUUGCUGAAUUGUUGAAUAGAUUACGUCAUAAUAAAUUGACAGACAAUGACAAAAAACAAAUCCAGCAAUGUCAUAUUGAUCAAAACUCUGUAACAUAUCCACAUAAUGCACCACACAUAUUUGCUGAAAAUUCUUUUAUGCAUGCAUUUAAUGAGAAAAUUAUUAAUAACAUAAAUUCUCAGAAAGUUGAAAUCCCUUGUCAUGACUCUAUUGUUGGAGUAAACAUAUCAGAAAAUAUACAGAAUGAAAUUUUGCAAAGAAUACCCACAGAUACUAAUACUACAAUGGGUUUGCAGUACAAAGUAACUGUUGUAAUUGGGAUGAUCUAUGACUUGACUGUUAAUAUAGAUACUGAAGAUGGAUUAACAAAUGGCGCAUCAUGUGUCGUUAAACAUAUAGAAUAUAAACAAACAGAAACCAAUAGACCCAGUAUUAUUUGGGUAAAGUUUGACGAUGCUCGAAUUGGCAGUGAAAGACGAAAAAAAUAUCAUGCUAGAGGUUUUUAUAAUGACUGCAUUAAUGGUAGCUGGACUCCAAUCUUUGACAUAGAGCGAACAUUUCCAUACAGACAGAAAACAAUAAAUAGAAUUCAGUUUCCAUUACAACCAUCUGCAGGAAGAACUGUUCAUAGAGCUCAGGGAACUACUCUUGAUCAAGUUGUAAUUGAUUUGUCACAGCGGAAAGUCAGAAAAAUUCCACAUAUCCACUAUGUUGCAUUAAGCAGGGUGAGAUCUAUUAAAAAUCUCUCAAUAUUGAACUUAAAUGAACAGGCAAUAUCUUUGGAUGAACGUGUUGUUGAAGAAAUGCAGAGACUUAGUUCUGAAGCUAAGCUGCAACUAUGUUAUAUUCCACUUGAUACAGUAAACUCUGAUGAACAUUUUAAAAUAGUCUACAAUAAUUGUAGAUCUUUGCACAAACAUUUUGAAGAUGUGUCCGUGGACCAAAAUAUCUUGUCAGCACAUGUAAUUGGGUUUUCUGAAACAAGAUUAGUCCAGAGAGAUGAAAAUUCAGAUUAUUCAAUUAAUGGAUUUCAACUUUUCAGAAAUGAUCAAAAUCAAAUGACACAGAGAUUCAGACCCCCUCAUGGUUUAGCCUUGUAUGUAAAAGAUGAUGUCAUUGUGUCUAAAUUUCAAUGCUAUAGUACAAAGGACCUUGAGUGGAUUUCCAUACAUGCAGAUUAUAUGGAUAAACAAAUGCAAAUUGUAAUGGUGUACAAAUCCCCUGGGCGUCCACUUCACAAACUAAUCUCAAAUCUUGAAAAAGAGCUUUUUCCUCACAUUGACUUCGGUAAAUCAUUACUUAUCAUGGGAGACUUCAAUAUUGAUAUUUCAGUAAAUGACAUCAAUCUUGAACAUUUUAUGGCUGAAACAUUCUUAUGUGAACAAAAAAUACGAGAGCCAACAACAGAUCUAGGGUCAACAUUAGAUCUGGUAUUUACAAAUUGCAAUGGGAAUUUUGGUACUAUAGAAACUUAUUGGUCAGAUCAUAAAUUAAUCUACUUUUAUAUAUAGCUCAUAAAUUUCUUAAAACUGCUUAUGAUGUCCUAUGGUCACAUGCUGCUUUCAAAUACUAUUGACUGGUCUAAAUCAUAUAAAUUACUUGUAAUAGUUAAUGUAUGUAAGAUAACUGCUUUCAUCCACUUCUUAGCAACUUUGUUGGUCUUUGUGCAUAUACAAUAGCUUUUUGCAUUACUGUAUUAAUAUAGAACUGGUUUGGUCAUUUUUUAGUCCAACCCUGAAAUAGUCUCGAAGCUGAAAAAAACGUUUUCAAAUGCAAGUUUGCAUGCUUUUUUUUAAAAGUAUUUUACAAUAAAAUGUACAGUAACAGAUUUAGGAUUCGAUUGCAAUAUUGCAAGUAAAAAAAUAGUGUUCUUGACAAAUAUAAAACACGUUUUUACAUUUUUUGUCACGUGGCUUCACAGAGUUGCAUCAUUUUUCCCGCGUUCUUUAGUAAACAAAAGACGUAAAAGAUGGCUUCCGCAGAGAAAAAGUUAAAGCUUAGAACAAAGGACUUCAUUCCAUAAACAUUUGUUAGCUCACAAAAAAAAUAAAGAAAAGAAAAGGACAAUAGAAAUAACUCAUUAACCUGAAAUAACAUUGUCUGCCCAAUUGUCAAUCAUCCAAUUUUGUUUGUCCGGGGGAUUACUCAAAAAGUAUUAAGAUAUCAACUUGAAACUUUAUAGAUUGAUCACAUUGAGAAGUGCAGUGCUAUCGUUUGCAUAAUGUUUUAGUCAUUUUUCAUACUUAAUUCUUGUGGUAACAUCUUGUCAAGAACAUUUUGGACAAUAUUAUAUAGAUUCGUUUCCAAGUAAUUUUUCAAUAUGUUGAUUCUUUGUUGCCUUCAAGUACAAACGUAUUCAGGUGAGCGAUACAGGGCCAUCAUGGCCCU